AUGCAAUUCUUCUCCUUGUGUUGGGUGUUUACUCUAGAACCGCUUCAUGCUCUAUUUCAUGUCAACUGCGCCAGUGCAUACCUCCACCACUUGAUCUUUGCUAUUUCCGUGUUUCAUGCAUUCGGACAUCAGUGGCCUUGUCAGAUCAUAUACCAUCCUCGAAAGUGCAACGGAUUUGGACUCUCUGACGGCGAAGGCUGCAAGCGGUUUUGGAAUUCUAUCAAGAAAUUAAUUGCUUAUCUAUGUGUGUGUGGGUCACAUCAAUGUGUUUACACUCUCGAUCGACAGGUUCAACAAGCAGAUAAGGAAACCCUUGGUCGCCUGGCUUUCUGGUUGCUUCGCCGAUCUCGUCAUUGUCAAGACAAGCGACACCUUGCUGAAGUGGUGCUCACAGAGUGUGGUGUUCCUGAUGGUGUCCUCCAGGAUGAAUGGUCUGCGCAGGUACAGGCUCAGACCAAACCCCUUCCACAUACGUUCAAUUGUGUCCAAGACCAAGAAAACAUCAUAUUGAAUCCUUUAGCUUCAGACUAUCAUCUUUGUGACGCAGAAUUGCACCUAGCUGAAGCUAAGAAGGCUUUGAGUUCUGCAGAGUCUUGGGUACACGCUUCUGAGUCGGCACUUGGCAUUCACAAAAGAGCCAAGCUUGGGAAGCUGCUUGGAAGCCCUUUUAUUGCAGUGAGGAUGAACGCCCGAGCCCUCAAGCUAUGCUUGCGUGAAAGGCUGUGCUCCCAAAAGUUUGAGCUUGACCGAAUCAAAAGAUCAUAUCGCAACCAUGUCAAUGAGUGCAAAGUUCACCAUCAUCUCGAAGAUUCCAUGAAGCAUCACAACCCUAGCAUCCAAAAACUCGCUCGUGACUACAACAACUUAUGUGAUGUAAUGCUAUGGUUAAAGUCUCAGCGCAAGGCACCUCUGGGCUCAGUUUGCCUGUCGAAGAUUGUCAUGAAAGGUCUGUUUGCUCUGGACGUUGACAACGAAAUCUGGCAAGAUGUCGGAUUGGAAGAUUCACUUGAUGGUGCCAUGACAGACCCACCACUGUGGCUUUGUGACAAUCUUGUAAGGUCCGGAAUUCGUGCACGAUUAGAGCUUGAUAGAUGCAUUGAAGAGGAAGAGCACAUCAAACAUGAACGUAAGGUGCUACAAAUCUGGUAUUCAGAGGAGUGGAAUGUCACCUGUUCCACAUAUGAUAACACUGCUUCUCAUCAUGUUUUAGAUUCACUGGAGUUAUGCUAUCAACUCCAAUUACGAAAGGAUGAACUUCUCCAUGUCCUGUCGAUAUGGAAGAAGUCCUUACAAUCCUUACGUGUUGACACCGUUAUUCCAGCCUGGGGCCCAACAGAUGACGAGAUCACAGCUGCUCAAAUCUCCCAAGUCACCUCACAUUUGUAUGAUGACUACAAUGAUAUGGAGGAGUUCAGACCAUCCAUUGGGGUCAACGAACUGAAUCCGUCAGACGUAGAAAGUCUCAAUGAGGAUCUGAUUGAUACUCUUGAGGCUAUUGACCUUGCAGAUGCUUUCCGUGGGGAGGAUUUUGAUAAACAUCCAGUAUCUAUUUGUGGGAGUCCACCCUUAGCUCUCUUUAUUGCAUGGAUGUCUGAGCAGAUGCUUUGGGACUCCCAUGUUAGAUUUUGA